AGAGGUUAAUGUUUAAAUUUAAGAACAACAAAACCGAAACUACUCUGUAUAUGCAGGAUAUUUGACUGUUCUGGAAUUUAUUUUUUACAUUUUAAAAAUGAAUAUUGCCGACCUCUUUAAUAAAGACUCAGAAUAUGGGAACUUUGUAUGUGUCUACUUUGGAUUGGCGUAUGUAAGUCAGAUUUUAGAGCCAUACACUAGACAUGGACUUGGACAGGUUUAUCAGAAGAUACAAAAAGUGCUGGCAGGAAAACCUCCAUGUGCCGGAAAAUGUGGAAAAAAUCAACCAGGAUGGUGUAAUUCGUGUAAAGACUGGAAGAGGGAGUUGACGAAAUUCAGCAAAUCUCCAAACAAGAUUGAUUGGAAAAAUCAGGAAUCGUCGAAAUGGCCAAUAUCGUACGAACACAUUGCAAGCGUUUUUACGAGCACACCAGAAGACGGAGGACUCGUUAAUCUUCGAGAUAUCUCAAACGCAUGUAAGAUAUGGAAAAACUGCAGCGUAUUUAACAUUCAGCCAUUUGCACGAAUAAACGCGAAAAAUAGCAGAAACAAUUACUUUGCACAUAAUCCUAAGCUACGUGUUACUAGUGAUCAAAAGACAGAUGCAUUUGAUGCACUGAACGAUCUUCUAAAGCAGGGAGAUGUACAACAUUACAUUAAUAAACAAGAAUGUUUAAACGAAUUAGAAAAGAUUAAAAAUGGUAAAAAUGAUCUCCCAAAUGAAAUCGCAUCAAUCAGUGAAAAUAUUAAAAAGAUUAGUAAUGACGAAGAUAAAAUAGUUAAAAUUCUAACAGAACUAACUGAAAGCGGUACAGAAGAGAGGAAAGUACUAAAGAGAAUACAAUAUCUGGUUAUUGCGCUGCAUGAAAGGCAACGACGCGAACACGCGUUUGUCACAGCUCGCCUCGAUUUUAUAAUGAAUAUCCUACUAAGUAUCCUUUUGUCUGCCGCAUUUUGCAUCGUCGUCGUGAGUUUGCUGGUAUAUAUCUCACCAAGUUAUCCGCAAGGCGAAGAACAGAGGCCGAAUGUCAUCCCGACCAGCAUUGGCAGCAAAUAUUCUGGUUGUCUAAAUGAGUCUUAUAAGUAUCCGUUUCCUUUGAAAGUACCGAUGCUAGGGUUUUUACCAACACAGAAUCAGCUUGUUGGUAGGGAAUGGGUCUUUGAUGAACUUGAGAAGAAAAUGUUUGAACAGAACAGCAAGUCUAGAGGUACAUUGAUGAUUGCAGGAUAUGGAUUCGGUAAGUCGGCAAUUGUUGCACACCUACUAUGUGCACGAGAAAAUGAGAAAGGUUGGAAAUUGAGACAACACAUUGUCGCCUUUCAUGUUUGUAAGUUCACACACGAAAGUACAAAGAAUCCUGUUCAGCUUAUAAAACGUUUAAUAUGGUUUUUAUCCAUUAAAGACGCAGAAUACGGAUCACAUAUUGCUUUGCUUAACGAUUCGAUUAUAACUGAUGACGAAAAAUGUAAGGAGGAAACGAAGCUAUGUUUUGAUCUAGCCAUUACAAACCCUUUGGAUAAAUUAACAGUGCCAAAUGAUUCUCCUUGGAUAGUAGUAAUUGAUGCGUUGGAUGAAUGUGAGGACGACAAUGGACGAAACCGAAUUUUGGAGCUACUUGCAGAUCGCCUGACCUCUAUGCAGCAAGAGGGUCCUAAAUGGUUUAAAUGGUUAAUUACGUCAAGAAAUAAGCCUUCCCUUAACAAAUUAAACAAAUUGGAUACAGUGCAUCUUCUAUACGAUGAUGAAAGAAAUUAUGACGAUAUACGACACUUUAUUAUCAAUCAACUGAAUAUCAUUGAUAAGGAUACAGUAAAAAGGUUUGUUUCUAAAAGUGGAGGAAAUAUUUUGUACAUAAAACAUGCUUUGGGAUAUAUUAUUGAAUCUGGAAACGCAAGUAUACACAAUAUAGUUGACCUACCUAGCGGUAUAGAAGAGAUAUAUGAACUAAACUUUGAUAGGCUAUUCAAAACUAACAAUGACUUUGAAGUAGCAAAAUCCAUUUUAGAGGUGAUAAGCGUUUUUAAUGGACCCGUCAGAGAUAAAAGACCCAUUUUUUACAUUUUUAAAGUUAUAGAAGUCAACAAAAUCACUAAUAAAACCGAGUUUGUACGAAUUAUGGACAAACUGUCAGACUAUGUAUCAUCAGAUGGUGCUGUUACGUUUCGUCAUAAAUCGUUGUAUGAAUGGUUGUUUAGUGACACCAAAUCAAAUUACAGACUUUCUCGAAGUUUAGGUCAUACGAUGGUAUCUGAAUAUAUUUUUUUUGGUGUUAAUAGGUUAGAUGCCACCGAUACAUCACCCUUUAUAUAUAACAAUGGGUGUAUGUAUAAUCCGAUAAUAUUUCAAAUGUUAACCUACCACGUUUCCGAAUCACAGAACAGUUCUAUCCAAAGAAAAUAUUUUUCCUUUCAGCUUUUACAUGCCAAAUAUAAUUAUCCAUUUGAAGACGUAAAUGCAUUUUGUUACAUAGGAGUUGUAACUUAUAACGAUAUACAUUCUAUAAAAAUGUUAAGUCUAAUAGUGAAUUUUGUGAAGAAUAAAACUGUUGAGAACAACAGGUUUAUUCGCUUUAUUCAUAACGUUUACGAAAAUUAUGUAUCAUAUCGGUUUCUGUUAUUUAACGUAAUGGAUGCUGUGUCGUUUAUAUACGAAAACGUAACAAACGCGAAGGACAUUCUCAAAUAUCCUUUACAUACAGCAGCAAGGUAUUGCCGUGAAGACGUAGCUCUAUAUCUUAUUAAUGUUGUGAAAGUUUCGCUUUUGGAAAGAGAUAACAACGACAUGCGUGCAAUUGACGUAGCAGCAAGAAGCCACUGUGUGCCUGUGAUAAAACUAAUAACCGAAAAGGACAGAUCAGUAUUCGACUUAGAGUGUCUUAUGAAUGUAGAAUGUAUAAACAGUGGGGCAGCUAUUGAAAUAUAUAAAAUGCUUGAAGCUAAUAAAGUAAAACCGACUUGUUUUGAUACAUCUUUACAGAAAGAGAUGCUGAUGCGUAUCUAUUUUAAUAGUCCAAGAAGACGUCGGUAUAUCUUCUCCAAUGAAAACGUUUGUACAGAAGAAGAGUUUCAGCCCGAGCUUCUAUUUUGUUUAGAUUCUUUUGGAUAUACGCUAGCUUUACAAUUUAUAACUAUUGACGCUCGUUAUUCGUUUUUAGCUGUACUUGACAAACAUAUCAGUGACAAAUGUCAACAUGUGUCAAGUAGCAUGUUAUACAUGUUUUAUCUCAUUAUGUAUAGGUCUACAUUAAAAGACUGGUAUCCUUCCCACAGUUGGAAGCGUUUGUCUCAUAGGCCUAUUUGCCCAGAAGGUGCAUCAGUUGAACAUUUACUAAUGCAGUAUAAGAGAAUAGAAAUGAUCGACUUAGUAAUCGCAAAAGGUCACAUAAUGAACUGGACAAAAACUGACAGGAAAGGAAUGACACCAUUGAACUAUACCGACCAGAUGUUUAUUUCGCAGCUGGAAUGUCGGUUUGGUGAUGUUGACAUUCAUGUAUUAUCAGAUAAAGAUAAACUCGUUAGGUUAUGUUUGUGUGACUGGCUUUAUUUUUACCUUCUGUUGGUUCUGUACGCUAUAGCUUGCUGUAUUGCAUCUUUUUAUUGUGUUGUAUUGUAUUCUAUAGAGACAAUUCUGUAUAAAGUGGUAUUCCUAUAAAGUGGUGUGUAUAUAUUGUAAUAUGGUCAAAACAGUCAAACUAAAUUGGAAUGCCUCUGUUUUAGUCAUUAUAUUCUCAAGGCAUAUUCCUUACAACAGUUUUUUUUUUAUAAAAUACUGUUUAUACGAGGGUUGUUUUAUUAUACAUUCUAAUAUGCCCUUUCGCUGUUAAGGUAGUUCUGCACGUUUGGAUCGAAAUUUUUUCUACAAUGUAGAAUUUGAUUAAACUCUGAUUUUUCAAAACUUCAGAAUAUACCUAGAAAAUUCAGCAAAUAAAAAAGAUAGGGUCGUGUGCUUGAUUUUUUGCUAGACUAAUUUGAAAAAUUUGGACCUCACGCAAUAUUUCAUAAUGGGAGUAUAUGGGAAAAUCAUAAAUUUCAUAACAUUUUCGCGAAUAGAAUUUUUUCUACAAUGUAGAUUUUGAUGAAACUUCUCACAGUUGUAAAUAAAUAUAUGGGCUAUAAUUUGGUGAAAUAAAAUGUAUAGGUCCAUGUGCUUAUUUUUGAGGUAUUUGACCAAGAUUAAAGUGAACCGGACUUUUCACGCUAAUUUUAAGACAUUUUUUGAAUUUUUUAACGUGUCAUAUAUUUUAAUGUCAUAUUUUGACUUAAGUAAUAUAGCAGCAGUGCCAUUGUAAUAGAUUUACUCACAGGUUUCGAUUAAAUCAUAAAAUUAUUUUCAUUUCCGUACGCCGAAUCCAGGCUUUAUUCUACGUUUUCCGGAUAAAUGACGUUACGCUAUCACUUCCGGUUUAUCAAACGUGCAGAACUACCUUAAAACACUCUUACGCUAUAAUGACGUCACGUUAACGUGCGGUGACGUCAAUGUUUUUGUUGCGACCAAGAAAGAGCGCUACUAUAUUUUAUCUACUGUUUUAGAUUCAGGGUAGAGAGUCUAUAUUAGAAUCGAAAUAGUUCAUAGCAAAAGAGUGUUUUUACACUAUUUAUACACUCGGGCGGUAAUACGUCGUACAAAUAAUUUCACUCGGGUUGUGUCCUCGUGAAAUUAUUACGCCCGACGUAUAACCGCCCGUCGUGCAUAAAUAGCGUUACAACACACUUUUGCUAUAGAUUAUUUCUUAAAUGUUAAUGCAAAAUGCCAGUAUGAACUAAAAUUUCCUGAUUUGUUACUGGAAUUAAUUAGUUCUUGUGCGUCACAUUUAACUUACUUUCAUGACUACACAGUAAAUUAGUUUUUGUUUCUGUAUCGGAUUUUUUUUUUAUUAAUAACUAAGUCAACCAUAUAUGUGAUUAACGGAAUGUUUUGUAGAUAACGUAUUUAGCCACCCGUGUGUGAAAGGUCAGAUUUUUUCUACUUGCAUGUAGAUCUAAAAUAUUGCUUCAUGUGCACGAUAUUGCAUCGACAUUUUACCAUCGUACCAUCGCACCAUCGCGAUUUUAUCAUCGUACCAUCGCGUUUUCACCAUCGUACCAUCGUUGUUUCAUCAUCAUGCCAUCGCGCCAUCGCGUUUUCGUCAUCGUACCAUCGAGCAUCGCGGUUUAGUAUUAAAUAAAAAGUCACGUUUGUCCAAACGAAAUACCGUAUUGUCCAAACGGAACACCGUAUUUUAGCCUUCUUUGUUUAAUAGGAAAAUGAAUCGGAUCGUGUUAGUGCCAUUGAUACAUUGUGUGUCUUAAAAGUCUUAUUCUCGCUGUUCUAUAUUGUAACAAUUUUAAAUUACACAGUUUUUAAUCGUUAUUUUGUUAUAACUAUUUAAUGCUACAAGUUGCAUCAUUUGUAAGACUAACAGAAGAAUCCCAGACCUUGAUUCAUUCGUCAAGUGUCUGAAACCAUGCCACACUAAAUUCCAUUCAACAUUCCAUGUUCGAAAUCUUAACAUUUCAGACGCUAGUUGAAAUAUAUAGUAAAACCCUGAAUGUAUAAUGUAUCCACAGAAGUAUGUGAACAACAGUCAAUAUUGUCAAUCUGUUGUUUAUAUCUUAUUAUAAAUUUAUGCUGUAGUGUCAACGUAUAACAGUUUACUACGUACAAUUGUCCGAUAAUUCACUAAGAGUCAAUAUUUAUAAUGUUCCUCAACGUAACAUAUGUCCCGGUUUGAAUAAAUAAGCAUUAUUGCAGUACACAGUAUGUAUCAAUAUUGUGUUACAAAUAUGUAUGCCCCUCCCAUCAGAUUAAUCCUCAAUAUAUACAUGUAUUUGAAAAUAUAAAGGAUCAUUCUCUUUUGUCUAACAGAAUCGUUGUGAAUUGCCGGUGAAUGGAACAAUAAAAUUCUUACGAUGCUUUUGAUACAGGAAAAGGUAUUAACUGAACAGUUGAUUUAUUUUUGUUUUAAUUUGUGAGUUGUAAUUUACAAUAUACAAAAGUCAUUUAAAGAAAAUCGAACUGGGAGGUAGAAAAUACAGCAAACGUUUUAAUUAGUUAUUAGUUAGUUAUUAAUUAGGUUACAAUCCACCGUCACAUUUUGUCAAAAGAUUUCACGAUUUGUCAAAAUUUAUUUUUAUUUCUUUUUUUUAUUCAUGUGUAUUGUUUUUAUGCCCCCGAAGAGAGGCAUAUAGUUUUUGAACCGUCUGUCGGUCUGUCAAUCUGUCAGUCUGUCCGCAAUUUUCGUGUCCGGUCCAUAUCUUUGUCAUCGAUGGAUGGAUUUUCAAAUAACUUGGCAUGAAUGUGUACCACAGUAAGACGACGUGUCGCGCGCAAGACCCAGGUCCGUAGCUCAAAGGUCAAGGUCACACUUAGACAUUAAAGGAUAGUGCAUUGAUGGGCGUGUCCGGUCCAUAUCUUCGUCAUCGAUGGAUGGAUUUUCAAAUAACUUGGCAUGAAUGUGUACCACAGUAAGACGACGUGUCGCGCGCAAGACCCAGGUCCGUAGCUCAAAUGUCAAGGUCACACUUAGAUUUUAAAGGAUAGUGCAUUGAUGGGCGUGUCCGGCCCAUAUCUUUGUCAUCGAUGGAUGGAUUUUCAAAUAACUUGGCAUGAACGUGUACCACAGUAAGACGACGUGUCGUGCGCAAGACCCAGGUUCAUAGCUCAAAGGUCAAGGUCACACUUAGAUGUUAAAGGAUAGUGCAUUGAUGGGCGUGUCCGGUCCAUAUCUUUGUCAUCGAUGGAUGGAUUUUCAAAUAACUUGGCAUGAAUGUGUACCACAGUAAGACGACGUGUCACACGCAAGACCCAGGUCCAUAGCUCAAAGGUCAAGGUCACACUUAGACGUUAAAGGUCAUUUUUCAUGAUAGUGCAUUGAUGAGCAUGUCCGGUCCAUAUCUUUGUCAUUCAUGCAUGGAUUUUAAAAUAACUAUGCAUGAAUGUGUGACACAGUAAGGCGACGUGUCGCGCGCAAGACCCAGCUCCGUAGGUCAAAGGUCCUAAACUCUAACAUUGGCCAUAACUAUUCAUUCAAAGUGCCAUCGGGGGCAUGUGUCAUCCUAUGGAGACAGCUCUUGUUUAAUGUACCUUGAUAUCAUAUUGUAGAUGUUUAACGCUACAAUACAUUUUAUUUUAAACUGUUGUCGAGUUCAUUGAUGCCACGUAAAGCAUGCUAAUUGCUCCAUAUGAGGGGUAAAGAAAUUGUUAUGCUCUUCUUAUUAGUAAUAACUGAAUAAUGUCAUUUUUGUCAUUAGCUGCAAGUCAAGCUGCAACUUGAAAAUAUCGCCACAUAAUUCCUGCAGAAAUAAAUCUGAAAUUCGAAUACGUUUAGAUUACGAUAGUGUGUGCUAUUUGUUUGUUUAGAAUAAGAAUAAUUUUAAUGUACAUCCCUUUUAAAACACAUUUUAAAAAGGUCUUUAUAUUCUUAUGUUAGAGUUUGUUAACAAAAUAAAAUGUGGAAAC